GGUUCUGCCGCUAUUUAUAUACAUUCAGUGGUUUUCAUUCGCCUCUCUUCCAUUGGAAAGACGCAUCAACCUCCAAAGUCUCCGCACGCAUAGCUGCAAUGGUGUUUGUCAAAGCACAAAAGUCGAGGGCCUACUUUAAGCGGUUUCAGGUUAAGUUCAAGAGAAGGAGAGAGGGGAAGACAGACUAUCGGGCAAGGAUUCGUUUGAUUAAUCAGGACAAGAACAAAUAUAACACUCCAAAGUAUCGUUUUGUUGUGCGAUUUACUAACAAGGAUAUUACCGCACAAAUAAUAUCUGCUACUAUUGCUGGUGAUAUGGUUCUUGCCGCAGCAUAUGCCCAUGAGCUACCUCAUUAUGGACUUGAAGUAGGUCUUACAAAUUAUGCUGCAGCAUACUGUACUGGACUUCUCUUGGCACGACGCGUCUUGAAAAUGCUUGAGAUGGAUGAUGAGUAUCAAGGCAAUGUGGAGGCAACUGGAGAGGAUUUCUCAGUUGAACCAGCAGAGAGCAGGAGGCCAUUCCGUGCUCUCCUUGAUGUUGGCCUCAUUAGAACAACAACUGGAAACCGUGUUUUUGGUGCUCUUAAGGGAGCAUUGGAUGGUGGUUUGGAUAUUCCUCACAGUGACAAGAGGUUCGCUGGUUUUUCGAAGGAUUCCAAACAACUUGAUGCUGAGGUUCAUCGGAAGUAUGUUUAUGGGGGCCAUGUUGCUGCAUAUAUGAGUACUUUGAUGGAAGAUGAGCCAGAAAAGUAUCAGUCUCACUUCAGUGAGUACAUCAAGAGAGGAAUUGAGGUAGAUGGCAUUGAGGAGCUUUACAAGAAAGUUCAUGCUGCCAUCCGUGCAGAUCCCACUCCAAAGAAAACUAAGAAACCUGCACCUAAGGAGCACAAGAGGUACAACUUGAAAAAGCUUACAUACGAGGAAAGGAAGGCCAAGCUGAUAGAGCGCUUGAAUGCUUUGAACUCGGCGGCUGGAGCUGAUGACGACGAUGAUGAUGAAGAUGACGAGUGAAGAGAGUAGCGGCGGCGUCUGAGGAAUUAAAAUGAUAUUUGUUGGUCUUCAGCAAACUUUCUGGCCUGCAGUUAAAAUUAGAACCUGUUUGUUAUUUUGGACCUCUGUUUUGUCUUUUGGCCAUUUUUGCAACUUGGAGUGUGUUCCUUUUUUCUAUUUAGAAUUUGGAUAUUUAAAUGGUAUGAAAUGCAGUUUCAUUUUUGA